GCGCUGUCACCUGCCCAGGGGCGGAGCCAAGAAAGAAACCAGCCUUUCGCCGAUCUCACGCACACUCAGGAGUCUAGAGAACCUUUUUUGACUAUGCAGGGCUCCAAAGGAAUCGAGAACCCGGCUUUCGUCCCUUCCAGCCCAGAUACCCCACGCCGUGCGUCUGCUUCGCCCUCCCAGGUAGAGGUCUCUGCUGUGGCCUCCAGGAGUCAGAAUGGGGGUUCGCAGCCUCGGGAAUCUGAGGAGCCCCAAAAGUCAAUUGAGCCAUCUCAGCCUUCUUCGAAUCCCCCAGCUUCUGAUGAGCCGCCGGGUUCACAGCUAAGCGAGCUUGAGGAGGGACCUUGCGGGUGGAGGGACUUCCACCCCCAGUGUCUCCAGCGCUGCAACACCCCGCAAGGCUUUCUGCUUCACUACUGUCUCUUAGCCCUAACACAAGGUAUUGUGGUGAAUGGCCUCAUAAACAUUAGCAUUUCCACCAUCGAGAAGCGCUAUGAAAUGAAAAGCUCACUGACAGGCCUGAUAUCAUCGAGCUACGAUAUCUCCUUUUGCGUGUUGUCUCUGUUUGUGUCGUUCUUUGGUGAGAGAGGACACAAACCUCGCUGGCUCGCCUUCGCAUCCUUCAUGAUAGGACUGGGAGCACUGGUGUUCUCCUUACCACACUUCUUCAGUGGAAGAUAUGAACUGGGAUCCAUUUUCGAAGAUACCUGCUUAACGAGGAAUAGCACCAGAUGUGCAUCUUCAACCUCUAAGCUUUCUAACUACUUCUAUGUCUUUGUCCUCGGACAAUUGUUGCUGGGGACUGGAGGAACUCCGCUCUACACUCUGGGAACAGCCUUUAUUGAUGACUCUGUGCCCACACACAAGUCUUCUCUAUAUAUAGGUAUUGGAUAUUCUAUGUCAAUCCUAGGCCCUGCCAUUGGGUAUGUGUUGGGCGGACAGCUGUUGACAGUGUACAUUGAUGUUGCUAUGGGACAAAGUUCUGAUCUGACUGAGGAUGACCCCCGGUGGUUGGGCGCUUGGUGGAUUGGAUUCCUUUUAGCUUGGCUCUUUGCAUGGUCUUUGAUAAUGCCUUUCUCCUGUUUUCCAAAGCAUUUACCAGGGACAGCAAAAAUUCAAGCUGGCAAAAUUUCCCAGACUCAUCAAAAUAAUAGUACUUCUUUCCAACAUACGGAUGAAAAUUUUGGAAAAAGUAUUAAAGAUUUUCCCACUGCUGUAAAGAAUUUGAUGAGGAAUACAGUCUUUAUAUGUUUAGUUCUAUCAACUACAUCUGAAGCAUUAAUUACUACUGGAUUUGCCACGUUUUUACCUAAAUUUAUAGAAAAUCAAUUUGGAUUGACGUCCAGCUUUGCAGCUACGCUCGGAGGGGCCGUUUUAAUUCCUGGAGCUGCUCUUGGUCAAAUCUUAGGUGGUGUUCUUGUUUCAAAAUUCAAAAUGAAGUGUAAAAAUACAAUGAAGUUUGCAUUGUGUACAUCUGGAAUAGCACUUGUGCUGAGUUUUGUAUUUAUUUAUGCAAAAUGUGAAAAUGAGCCAUUUGCUGGUGUGUCUGAAUCAUAUAAUGGAACAGGAGAAAUGGGGAAUUUGACUGCACCUUGUAAUGCCAAUUGCAACUGUUUGCGGUCCUAUUAUUACCCGCUCUGUGGAAGUGAUGGAAUCCAGUAUUUUUCUCCCUGCUUUGCGGGUUGUUUAAACUCAGUUUCCAAUAGGAAACCCAAGGUAUAUUAUAAUUGUUCCUGUAUAGAGAGGAAAGCAGAGAUCACAUCCAUUGCAGAGAGUGCCAAUUUGGAAACUAGAGCUGGGAAAUGUAAAACUCGGUGUUCAAACUUGCCCAUAUUCCUUGGCAUUUUCUUCAUCACAGUUAUCUUCACCUUUAUGGCCGGAACUCCGAUAACUGUGUCCAUUCUAAGGUGUGUCAAUCAAAGUCAGCGGUCUCUAGCAUUGGGAGUGCAGUUCAUGCUUCUUCGAUUGUUAGGCACAAUACCUGGACCAAUUAUAUUUGGCGCCAUAAUAGACAGCACAUGUGUUCUGUGGGAUGUCAAUGAAUGUGGGAUACAAGGAGCAUGUUGGAUUUAUGAGAACAUCAGGAUGGCACACAUGCUGGUAGCUAUAAGUGUGACUUGUAAAGUUAUCACCAUAUUCUUCAAUGGACUUGCAAUAGUUCUCUAUAAACCACCGCCCCCAGGAACAGAAGUUUCAUUUCAAAGUCAGAAUGUAGUUGUGUCUACUAUUUCAGUAGAAGAAGAUCUCCACAAAGCAGAAAAUGAAGGAUGAAAAAGAAGAGGAGUUUGCAUUGGAAAAUUGGCUCCUGCCUGUAAGAACAUACUGUGCCAAGGCACCAUUGCCUAGUCUGUGUAGACCAUGGCUUAAAAGCUGUGAUCCAGAACAGAGGUGAUUGUUGUUAUGUACAGAUCCCUAUUCUUGUUAAAGCAAAAAACAAACUCAAAAUAUAACAGGUCCAUGCCUUUAAAGUUCACCGGAAGCCUCAAACCACACAGAUCCUUAUUUAUUUCCAUUGUCUAUGAAUCACCAACGGGUAACAAGGAUAAUGGCCAACAACACACAGUUUAAAGUUUAUGCUUUAAACACAGGUAUGCACACACACACAUUAAAACACCAGGCUUUAUUUCUUUUCUCUUUUGUAAGAUAGGGCCUCUCAUACCCCAACAGCCCAGGAACUUGGAUGGCUAUAGAUGACCUGUGAUGCCCGAUUCUCCUGGAGUUACAUCUCGUGUGCUGAGGUUGCAAGUCUGUGUUACCCCCCAUUGGCUCACACUGUCAUAUUUUUAUUCUUUCUAUAACUAGUUCCACAUUAAUUUUCAUUGUUGAUUGUUUGAGCUUAUUUGGGACAUUUACAGCACAAGAAUUUAGGUUAAUGAAAUUUCUGUGAUGAUUUUGGGGGACUAGUUGUUUAAAACUCAUGGAAUUAAAGACAACUUUACAGUGUAGGUUUUAUAUUAUAUCUCCUCUCUAGCAUAUAUUUUCACAGUAGUAAAUUACUGAACUGAUAGAAUGUAGGGUAAUUAUCCUUUUUUGUUCCACUACCCUACAGCCUCAGAAAUAUCAGCAUCAACUACACAUUUUCAAUUUAGAAUAAGAAUUCCAGUAGUCAAUUUAUUAAUGUUUACUUUUAACACUAAAACUUAUGACUGGGAUAGUAUUGUUCAAUUACAUAUUUUCAGAGAAAAGAACCAGCUUCAAUAAGGAAAAGUGCCAAAUAAACAUGACAAGAUGUCAUAAUGUCCUGUUGACAGAUGUUUAUGUAUCAAAUACCUUAAAUUUUAUUUUACAAACUAAUCACCUAGCCCAUUAAUUAUAGUAAUGUAAACAGAGUUUCACUUAAUAGCUAUCAUGUAUUUUUAUUUAGUGAAAGUUUAAAUUCAACGAUGCCUUUACUGGAAGUUCAAGUAUUUCACAUACCAUACAUCACAGUAACUAAAUUCCAUCUGUGCAGGUUCCUGACAAAUUUAUUUAAAUAAAUACUGAAGGCGUUGGCCAUCAAACAUCAACAAAAGUAAUUUACUAUUGUGAAAACUAUUUCUAAUUAAUAAAAGUAUUACAUGGCUAAGGAUGUCUCUGAGUGCAAAUUCUAAAUUUGACACUCUGUCCUGAAAAGAUCUUUUCAAAACUAAGGUGAUUAUAUUUGUGCUGUUUUUACAAAUCAAAUCUCCUAUUUUCAUUAUUUUUUCCAAACAGACAGCCCACACUCAUACUCCUAUGUUCAUUCUUUAUAAGCUUCACAAAUCAUGUUCUCCAUCAGGGCAAACAAGCCCAGGAAAAAGACCUGGAAGAAAAUUAGAAUUAGAGACACUAGAAUUCACAGAAUUUACAUUGCUGUGUCUGGUGGUAAUCCAUACAUAGUCCAAGUCUUCAGCACUUGGGAGCUCUUGUAAGCUGAAAUUCAAGGAGGGAUGAGUUAGGGGUUAGACUCAAAAGCCCUUUCUAUAUUCAAUGAGAGAGGUUGUCUCAGGAAACCGAGGGCUAGGCCUACUUGUCUCAGGAAUGUACAUACCAAAAUUCAAUUUGAAAAAAUACAGCCAACAUUCAGGUAUUUGGGAAGCCAAGGCAUCCAUCAAGCAAAGGGAGAAUACAAGAAAGACAGGGAAAUCCACACGAUACCUCAGAUGAGAGUAUUCCUCCCCACCUUCUGGGCACAUUUAAAAUAGUGCCUCCAUUGUGGCCAGGAGUAAUGGGAGUCAAAGAUAGUCUACAAUCAUAUGGAUACAUUGCAUCCCAUGGAACAGGAUGAGGUAAUGCAAUCCUGGGAAGCUUAGUGAUAGAAACCUGAAAUGAGCACAAGAAAGAAACACGACGUCUGCACAGGCAGAAGAGUAUAUGGUCCCUUAGGUCAGAAGAAACAAACAAACAAACAAAGAAAUUCCAGACAUAUUGUCUGGUGAAUAGGUCAGUAGAGAACUGGUAUCCAUAAAGAUGGGUGCUCACCAAAUGAACAUUGUCUCUAGUUUACUCAGUUUCGACGUAUUCCUUUCACACUUUUUGUUUUAAACAAACUUGCAAAAGAAAAUUGCUAAAGGGAACAAAUACAUUUGGCACUUGGAGAUACAUAUUUAGAAAAGAUACCUCCAUUUGGAAUAAAGUGAACACACUACUGUAAUCUUCAUUAUCUCUAUUUGUAAAUUCAUGCAGAUUAUAUGUGUUGGUAUGCUGCUUUUAGAAUAUAUUUUCAUGAUAUGUAUUUGCCAUAGCUUAUAAUUAUUUUAAAAUAACUUUCAGGUGUACCUGCUGUAAUUUUGUACAUAAUUGAAUAUAUCUUAAAGUUUGUUAUAUUUUGAUUUUCUUAACUGCAGAAAAUAAAAAUAUAAAACCCUUUCUUAACCAUGGAAAAAUUGUAUACAUUUGACUUUGCUAUGUAAAUUGAAAGAAAUAUAAAUAAAAUGUAGACCUAUUUUCUAUGUUGCAAACAACCCUGUAAAUA